CUGACUGGCCCAUAAAACCAGCCCUAGCAGCAGUUCCACAGAGACAAACAUUGCUUGAGUUGGGAACACUACUUCCAGUGGCCCCAUAUUAGGGGGUGAAGAAGGAGGAGGAGUUUGGCUGCUCUGGCCUUCCUGCUAGAGCUGGGAAAGAUGCAGCUCUCUCUGGGAAACAUGAUCCCUUCUCUUUGGGAAGGAACCCCACUGCAGAGUUUCCUUCUCCUCUCUGCCAUCAUCCUGAUCCUGAUACAUUAUGUUCAGAGUAGGAGACGACAUCUAAACUACCCCCCUGGCCCUCCAAGUUUGCCCAUAUUGGGCAACUUCCUCCAGAUGGAUUUUGAAAAGCCCCAAGUCACCAUGCAAAAGUUUGUCCAGAAAUAUGGAAAUAUUGUGUCCAUGCACGUGGGCAGUCAAAUCUUUGUAAUAGUAACUGGAUUGCCAUUGAUCAAGGAGGUCCUGGUCAACCAAGGUGAUGUGUUUAUUGAUCGACCACAACUCCCUAUCCAUCUUCAUAUCUUUAAGUCACUUGGCUUAAUCAUGUCUAAUGGCCAACUGUGGAAACAGCAAAGAAGAUUUGCCUUAAUGACUCUAAGGAACUUUGGUUUGGGAAAGAAGACCCUGGAAGAUCGGAUACGGGUAGAGGCCAAGUAUCUCAUUGAGGCUAUGAGGGAAGAAAAAGGGCAGCCCUUUGACCCCCACUUUGUGAUCAACAAUGCUGUUUCUAACAUCAUCUGCUCUGUAACAUUUGGGCAUCGUUUUGAGUACCAUGAUUCAAAAUAUCGGGAGCUGCUGAAGACUGUGGAUUACGUCAUGAAGCUUUUGCCUAGGUGGGAAUGUCAGCUCUUCAAUAUAAUUCCUUCUGUAAUGAAAUUCUUGCCAGGACCUCACCAGAAGGUCUUCAGAGAAUCUAAAAAGCUAGAAUCUUUUGUAGAAGAUGUAAUCAAACAACACAAGGAAAACCUGAAUCCAGAGGAGCCCCAGGAUUUCAUUGAUGCUUACCUGAUAGAGCUAUCCAAGGAUAACAUCCAUUCUAGUUUCAAUGAAAAAAAUUUAAUCUACUGUACCAUGGACCUCUUCUUUGCUGGAACAGAGACAACUUCAACCACUUUAAGGUGGGCACUGCUGUACAUGGCCCUUUAUCCAGAGAUCCAAGACAAAAUACAAGCUGAGAUUGACAGGGUGAUUGGCCAAACUCGGCAGCCCACCAUAGCCGAUAAGGAGAAUUUGCCCUACACUAAUGCAGCUGUUCAUGAAGUUCAAAGAAUGGGUGACAUUAUUCCUUUCAAUGCACCCAGGAUGUCUGUGGUUGAUACCACAGUGGCAGGAUACCAUGUGCCUAAGGGGGCCAUGAUGAUGACCAACUUGACUGCUUUGCACAGGGACCCCAAGGAGUGGGCAACCCCAGAAACCUUCAACCCAGAACAUUUUCUGGAGAACGGCCAAUUUAAGAAAAAAGAGUCUUUUGUACCUUUCUCAAUUGGAAAGAGGGCCUGCCUGGGAGAACAGCUGGCUCGGACUGAGCUCUUCCUUUUCUUCACCAGCCUGCUCCAGAAAUUCACGUUCCAGGCUCCUCCAAACACCCAGCUGAGCUUGGACUUCCAAAUAAGUAUGGCCGUCUCUCCUCUCCCCUACAAAAUUUGUGCCAUUCCUCGAGAGAUAUAGGCCAAGCCAGGCCUGUGAGGUGAUCGUCCAAGGGGCACACUGGAACCAGCCUCAUGCUCCCUGCCUUUGGAGUCUGGCUAGGGACAAGAAGAGAAGUCAAGAAAGAAAAGAGGAGAAGAGA